AUGAGGAUGCUGCUGCUGCUGCUGCUGCUGCUGCUGCCCAUCUACCUGUUGUUCACGUUGGCCGACCAUGAAGCACGGCGCCUUCUUGCUCGCUCAUGCGUUGCCCCAGAGCUUAAAAUAGGACGGUCAUGGGCACUCGAAUCGUUUGUUGUGGAAACGACUUACGCGAUCAUGUUCUACCUCUCCGCUGUCUUCGGUGGCGGCACUCUGUGA